AUAUAAACGAAUUCAAAUUAAAUAAAAUAAACGAUGCGAUUAGGACUACCCGAGACCGGUACAUUAGGCCUACUGGUGUAGCGCGAACCAAACGCGCACGAAAUUGAAUUAUCGAUCCGCUUCACUUUACAAAAUGUCAACAAAAAUAUUUUACUUUUUAACUCUAAUAAUAACGGUGUUGGGCGAGAAAUGUCUGAACCCCGACAUAAAAUCGAAGACAUACACCACGGACGACGCUACGAUACUGAAACACAUCGCGUACAUCAACGAAUUCGAGGUGAAAUGCGAGGCCGGCGGUGCGGGCAGGUUGUACGCCCUCAUGGGUGACUCCAUCCUGCCCAUAGCUUCGGUGGGCCCCCACAAAUACCAGCUGAGUUGGACGGAGGACGUGAAGACGGCGAAGGUCGGCCUGAUUACGGUGGACGUGUACGACGAAGCUGGUUACAUGCAGGUGAAAAGGGCGCUGAGGAUCGGGGAGGAUUUCAAGGCGGUGCGGCCCUUCGCCCGAAUCGAAAUUCGACAUCACGGCGUUUAUCAGGGACCGAUGAUCAGUUGCGAGGUGGUCGCGUCCGUUUUGUCCAUUGUCAUCGCUUAUUAUGCGCUCAGUUUUAAGAGUAAGCUUGUAUCGUAAAUUUGUUUGAAUAAAGGCUGACGUUUGUAUUU